UUCGGGAAGACGUCAUUCAUCAGCCGAAAAGACUGCAAAAUUUCGCUUGCGAAAUUAAAUAGCGCUAUUCAGAAUAAUUGAAUAACCAUAAUUUUGCGUUGUUUACAUUUAUAUAAUAAUGUGUGAUUGAAUUGUAGUCAGGUAGUGUUGUGUGCUAUAAUUUUUCGUCAUGGAUCCGACAUUUACUAAGCCCCAAAACCUUCGGCCAGCUAUGUGGCUGCUAUGCAUUAGCAACGUGGCCUCACUCCUGGCUGCUCUCAACCUCGUCAUCUGGCUGGAACCGGACGAGAGGAUAUCAGUACCGCGAGGCAGUGCUCUGACCGUCCUGGGUCUGGUUUAUUUCACGAGCCUGUUCGAGAUUCUGAACGUGUGGGCUCUGUACACGGAGGCCGGGAGUCGGAUCAGACACCAGUACGCACUGAGCCACGGAGACGUUUUGGACAUCAACAACAAGCUGGUGUCUGCCGUCCAGGCGGUGUACUGCGUGGCGACGGGCGUGGUGGUGUGCAGCCACUCGUGCCGCCGCGACUUCAUGCGCGCCUCCCACUACAUGUCCGAGGCGUACGCGUGGUUCGGAGCCGCCUACUUCUUCUACGACAUAUGGUCCAUGUACAUGGUUCACAUCCAGAUGGUGUCCGGCGAGGAGUCGAUGAAGGAGCAGGUCCGGAGGCGGGUGAGCGAGAGGAAGGCGCCGGUGUCGUUCCUCAAGUACUGCGCGCACGAGCCCGUCAUACUGCUGCACCACGUCUUCAUAGGGGGCUUCGGCUUCCUCGUCAUUGUUCACCUGCGCGGCUCGCUGGGCGACUGCGCGUUCGGCUGGGUGUACGGCAUGGAGGCGUCGACGCCGCUGGUGUGCGCGCGCGGCGUGCUGGCUCGCCUGCGCCUCAAGCGCUCGCCGCUCUACCUCGCCAACGGCCUGCUCAUGCUGCUCACCUUCCUGCUGUGCCGCGUGCUGUCGCUGCCCUACGUGUGCUGGCUCUACAGCCGCGAGCUGGGACUCACCUACGUGCAGGCGAUACAGUCGCUGCCGACGGGCUGCAAGAUAUCCAUCUGCAUCCUCCUGCUCCCGCAGCUGUACUGGUUCUACCUGAUGUCCGCGGGGGCGCUGAAGAUGCUGUUCCGCGCCGGCAAGCCUUCCGAACUCGACGGCAAGGCGCCCCGGCCGACACCCGCGGCCGACAGGUCCGCCGGCGACGCGACCGAAGUGACCGACAAGCACAGUUGAUGUCGGCGGAGGAGCCGCAAGCGGAAACCAAAGGCUUAGUUUUAUAUAUUCCUAGUUCUUUGUUCUGACUUUGGAGGGUAGAUGUAAAGGGCACCAUCUUGUAUGGGGGAAAAGUUGAAGUGUCCACCUGUAAACAGUUACUUGUCGUUGGAAGACUCACCGAAGUAGCUAGCUAGUGUAGAUGUCUAUGGGCUCCAGUAACCACUUAAUA